UAGAGGGCGGAGUUAUAAUUAAAUACCAGGUUGUGAUUGGAUGAGGAGUGACGCGCACGUGCUCCACUUCUACGCCUGCUGCCUGGGAGUUUUUAGUGCUCGAGCCACCGCAGCAACAACGUCCAGACCGCUGCUGUGCUCUAACCGUAUUGUUGACCUUCCUAACAAACAAGCCCUGACCAGAACAGCACUAAUGGAGGAGCAGGCGCGUUUUUUCUUCUGGCUGCAACUUUUUACAGCUUGCUUGGUGUUUGGGGUGAGAGGUGACCCCUGUGAGGUUAAUGUGUGCAGUAAUGGGGGUACUUGUGUAACUAGGGAAGGGGCUCCUUUCAUCUGCAUCUGCCCAGAUGGCUUUUCUGGAGAAACUUGCAACGAGACAGAGACUGGUCCGUGCCACCCUAAUCCCUGUAAGAAUGAUGGCCUUUGUGAGGUGACUGGACAAUCCCGCCGAGGAGACGUUUUCAAUGAGUACAUCUGCAAAUGCCAGCCAGGUUUUGAAGGAGUUCACUGCCAGACCAGUGUCCAAGGGGCAGAUUUAAAUUCCGACAAAGAUGUAAAUGACUGUGCUGGCCAGCCAUGUCAAAAUGGUGGCAUCUGCAGAGACCUGGAGGGAGACUUCAAAUGCCACUGUCCUUCCCCUUAUGUAGGCAAACAUUGCCACUUGCGCUGCAUUUCUCUGCUUGGCAUGGAGGGAGGGGGCAUUGCUGAGUCCCAGAUUUCAGCCUCAUCAGUCCGCUACAGUCUGUUGGGUCUGCAGCGCUGGGGUCCAGAGCUUGCCCGCCUCCACAACAAGGGACUGGUUAAUGCUUGGAGCGCAGCCGCUCAUGACAAGAACCCCUGGAUAGAAAUCAACAUGCAGAGAAAGAUGCGCUUUACAGGCAUCGUAACGCAGGGCGCCAGCCGCAUGGGCACGGCAGAGUUCAUUAAGGCCUUCAAAGUAGCCUCCAGCCUGGAUGGCAAGACAUACACAGUGUACAGGACAGAGGGACAGAGGAAGGACCAGAUAUUUGUGGCGAACAUGGACAAUGACGGCAGUAAGACCAACCUGUUUGACCCACCAAUCAUCGGCCAGUACAUCCGCAUUAUCCCUGUUGUGUGUCGCAAAGCCUGCACCCUGCGCAUGGAGCUGGUGGGCUGUGAACUCAACGUGUAUUCAAACACCUCAGGUUGUUCAGAGCCGAUGGGGAUGAAGUCCCGGUUGGUGACUGACCGCCAGAUCACAUCCUCCAGCACCUUCCGCACCUGGGGCAUCGAGGCCUUCACCUGGCACCCACACUUCGCCCGACUGGACAAACAAGGCAAGACCAACGCCUGGACCGCCGCCACUAACAACCAGUCUGAAUGGCUGCAGGUGGAUUUGAAGUCUCCCAAGAAGAUAACAGGAAUCAUCACACAGGGGGCAAAAGACUUUGGUUCCAUCCAAUUUGUCACAUCUUUCAAAGUGGCUCAUAGUGACGAUGGGAAGUCCUGGACUAUAGUGAAAGAUGAGACAACAAAUACAGACAAGAUCUUCCCGGGUAACAGCGACAACAACGUUCACAAAAAGAACAUCUUCGAGCCGCCGUUCUACAGCCGAUUUGUCCGCAUCCUGCCGUGGGAGUGGCACGAGCGCAUCACCCUGCGAAUGGAGCUUCUGGGCUGUGACGAGUAGCACCACCCUGAAUCCAUCACCUCCUUUCUCUACCUCCCUCUCCCCAUCCCUGCUCCUUUCCCUCCUGAGCCACAUCUGCACUGCCUUGCUCUCAGCUCUGGGGGGCAGCAAACAACAGAGUAGCACACCACCAUCCAAAACCAUAGCUGGUCAGAGGUGGGAGUUGUUACCCCUCACCACUGUUGGCAGGACUAUCACUGAGCUAAAUGCGGGUUAGCUGGGAUCAGAUCUCUUCUCACCAGUUUGUUAAAUAAAAAGUGGUAAUUCCCUCAUCCCUGUGUCAGAUGUCAGGGGUAACAAGACUGCUGAUGUACCAGUUGGUGCUGUUUGAACUCUGAUCCUAGAUCAACUCUACCUGGACCACCAAACCUCCGAGACCCACAGCUGGUGAUGUACAUAAGCUCCAUUUAAUAACAGGUUGCACAUGACCUUUAAUCAAACACCUGAUUUCCCUUCAACACAUAUACAAUAUAUAUAUUAUCUGUAGAAUAUACACUGAGAUGUGUGGUUGAUUAUUUUUCUUUAUUAAAGUUUUAUUUAUAAGAAAAUCUGAUUAGUUUGACAGCAGAAAACCUAAUCUUUUGUCCUGAGCUUAAGUUUUAAAAAUCUGUUUGCAGGCAAAUUUUCAAUAUUUUUCUUUUUUGAGUAGAAAUAAAAGACCUAACAUCUCAAGGUGUCUCAAUAUGUGUGCUACAGUAUUCUUUGCAUUUCUUUGCAGUUCAUUUUGACAGUAAAAUCCUCAGAUUGUUUCCUCUUGUAGCUUUUAUUCUGCUUGAUAAUAUUUAACAUCCCAGGUGUAAAUGUAGUAUUAGAGCAUACAUCUGUAGUAGCCUACAAAGGAAGAUGGUAAAUCCUUAAAAUAGUUUUUUUUACUGAACCUGUGUUUAAAAGUGUUUAAAAGAUGUGGCUGCUUCUUAUCAGUCAUUUUGUGCCAACACAUCCUCAGGUUUUUGUGUUUGUGGUUUAAUUUAGAAAAAUCUAGUAGGUCCUGCACUGAUGCAGACACGUAAAGCAAAGAGGGAAAGUUAAGUCCUUGUUGAUGUGGAAUAUAAUUGGUUAAUGAACCAUCAUCUUUAGGCAGUUUAGCUGCCAAACAAAUGUAAUCUCAAAGCCAGAGGAGACCCCCUUUUUAGCAGACGCAGUGUUAUAAAGCAACAGACCAAAAAAGAUUGUUGUGUAAAAGACAAAAAGGAAAAACUUUAUUGCUCUUGAGGAAAAAGAAGAUGAGGUUUACAAAUACUGCUGUCGUGUCCUGGUAGGAUGUGUUCAGACCCACUACACAACGCAUGCUCUGAAGUAUUAAUAUCUUGGAAAGUGGUUUCACAUUUUGCUACGACUGUUUGUCACUUGGCCACUUUUUAAUGUGCAGUAUAUAUUUUAUUAGCAGCUAUAGCAGAGUGUGUGAGUGUCAAAUUAUAAUACAAUAUAUAUAAGGUGGUUUAAGUAAAGUCACAUUCAUGGUCAUUACGUUCAAAAGGCUUGGCUUUUACAAGCUGUUUAAAGAGGGAGCGUGUUCUUGGAGUGGCAGAUUACCACGUGAGAGUAGGGUGACGUUUAGCUAGAAAUAAUCCAAGAGUGAUGUUUAUCAUACAAUAAUUAUCAUUUGAGAUUACUAUGUUGUCUACCUGCAGAUUUAUAAAGACUGAUGGAUGUUAUCAUCUCAGGUCAAAGUGGAUCGGCUCCCCUUGUAUAAUAAUAGCUGCUGAACGCUACUCUUUGGCUCAUUCCCUUGGCUACUUCUAGUUGUGUUACCCAGUUUCACUUUUAAUGGCACUUUGAUGUUUGUGUUUUUAUAUUUGUAAUAUUGAAAAAACCAAAAGGAGAGAGAAAAAUAAACUAAACUGUAUUGUGUAAAUGGCAAACAUACUCAUUACUACAUGUUUAGAAAAACAAGAGAAAAAGUCCCUGUCUUUGUUAGAUUAACCUGAGGAAAGAAGGACUGGUAAUUAUUAAAUAACAUAUAUACAUAUGCAGCAUUUUUGUACUGGGAUCUGUCAGUUUUAGUGUAUGUUGAUGAUUGCUGCAGAUCUAUUUUUGGAAGGUCAAGCUUAUUUCCUCCAUUUUAAAGCUGCAGCUUCGCUGAUAAGACUGUAAAAGAAACCAAAUUAAAUCAGAUUUUUACGGUUUUACUGGACCUGACAUGACCUGCCAUAUCAUCUGCCUCUGCCGCCCUCACAUCAGUAUUCUAAACCUUUCCACAUGAAUUAUGAAUUUUGGGCUCGUGCAAUAUUAUACAGUGUUAGUUUUGAUAACAAUGAAUAUUAAUUCCAGAUCUUUAAAAAUGCAUGAGGGACAGUGGUAGUGCUGGGAGUUCGCAGAUAGAUGUUGGUGUCAAACACUGUACAAUACUUCUUAAUGUUGCAGACAGUCCCCUAAACAGUCACCCUUCUAAUUCACGUCUGCAUGCAUUUUAUCCACUUGUGUUAAGUAAGUUUAAGUUGAAACUAUUGGAUUUUCUUGGUGACAUGGCUUCAUUUCUUUCAGCACUGUUGUUAUUGAGCUCUUGUUCCUUCUGUUCAGAUUUUCUGUGACUGAUCAUAAAGAAAUUGAUGACACUGAUGUGUUUGUAUGGUCUUAUGAAUUAAUUUCUUGCUUUACUGAUUGUGGACCUCAUAGAUUUUUGACUGUAUUUGAAGUUUUUUUUUUAUUUCAGUAUUGUUUCAGUAUGUUUGGCCUUUGUAUCUCCAAAUGAAGAAUAAAGAAUUUAAAAACA